CCAGCAGAUCCGGCCCCUUUCGUUUUCAUUUCCCGGAAGGAUCCAAAACUAAUAUUUCAUGCGGUCAAACCAAGUACCAACAUUUUCGGCUCAGUUUCGAACAAAGCGCCGCGCGGAACCACGGGACUCUUUCGGAUGAGGUGCUCUUAACUUAAGUGUGGAAGAGCGAGUGGGGAACUGGCCAUCAAUAAAUGAUCGGAAUCUGGGAAUAAUAUCGGUGCCACCCCAGCCCAGGUGAAAAAAAAAAAAGAUGAGCGAGGGCUCCUCGUCACCGCCUUUGAUCAAGCGGGAGCCGGGGGAGCCCGGGAGCCACUCCACCUGUCCCCCAAUCGUGAUGGUUCCACCCAGCCACGUGGCCUCAGUCUACCUGGGCGUACAGGAUGAGCUGUGCAAACUUCCUGGCAGGCUUCGGAUCAACCCCUCGCUCUGGGGUAGGGAUGACGUGAACCACUGGCUGCGCUGGGCUCAGAAGGAGUAUUCCCUACGGCGUACAGACCAGGCUAAGUUUGAGAUGAAUGGAAAAGCGCUGUGUCUCCUCACCAAGGAAGACUUCCGGCUGCGCUGUCCAAGCUCAGGUGAUGUCCUGUAUGAGCUCCUGCAACAGGUGAAGCAGCAACGGCGUGCUAUGCCAUGCGGUUCCCUGCCAAAAAUCUUCGCCCGACACGGCGUCCUACAAAGUCAACGGAGAGAGGCCAACGGAGAGGCCGGUAACUCCAAUGCCUCCUGUGGACCACUUCCUGUGCACCCAGGAAACAAUCACAUGGCCAGUUCACCUGUGACCGUAGUGCGCACAAACCCCUACCAGGAGCUCAGGGAGCACCCUCCGCCUCACUGUGUCCACCCUUUGCAGCAGAUGACCCCCCCUACGGAAACAUACCCCCGCGGCCUCCCGCAGCCAGUGUCGGAGCAGCAGCUCUAUUCCAACCCCGGCAUGUACAUGCGGCUCGCUGUCAGUCACCCCGGUGCAGAGCCACUGCGGGCCCCCCCCUCCAGGGAGGAACCGCUGAACCUGUCCAACAGGGUGGAGAAGGCCAAUUCGCAGGGUACUUCCCUGUGCGGCGAGGCCAAUGGCAAGAUUGCAGACUGCCGGUUGCUGUGGGACUAUGUCUAUCAGCUGCUCUCUGACCGGCGCUACGAAGCGUUCAUCCGGUGGGAAGAUCCCGAGUCCAGGGUGUUCAGGGUGGUGGACCCCAAUGGGCUGGCCCGACUGUGGGGGAAUCACAAGAACAGAGCCAACAUGACCUAUGAGAAGAUGUCCCGGGCCCUGAGACACUACUACAAACUGAAUAUAAUCAAGAAGGAACCUGGGCAGAAACUGCUCUUUCGGUUCCUGAAGACUCCUGAGGAAAUACUGCAGAACAGGGCUGAUCGGCUGGAGCAGGCAGAGUCCCCAGAUCAUCCUUCAUCCCCUGACUUCCGGGAGGAGGGCCUAGAGGUGUCCCCAGAACCUGAUUCCAUCCCUCCUUCCCCUACCUCCACACCCUCUCCACUCUGAUAUACACCCCCCUGAAGGGGGACAAACCAGAGUGAUACAAAGCACUUUUUUUCCACUUUUUAUGUUUGUGUGUGUGUGUGUGUGUGUGUGUGUGUGUGUGUGUGUGUGUGUGUGUGUGUGUGUGUUGGGGGGGUGUUGACAGCAUCGGUGGUUCAAAUGCAAUGAGCAUGCUGAAGCUAUAACUCAGCUAUAGGUUUUAGUGCCAUAUUUUCAGUAUGCUAGUUUGUUCUUAUCUGCAAUUUUUUCUAAUCUAUGGAGACUAGCAGAUCCCUAAUAAUCCCAUGUUUUUUAUUUAUGUCAUCCAGAGAAAAUGUACUUAGAAUAAAAGAACACUGAAUAGCACUGUGCCAUUUACAUGAGCCUCUAUAGGCACCUAAAAUAGAUUUAUUGUAAAAAUGAUGGAAAAAAAACUAAAGGCAUAAUCCAUCCCCUUCUGAUAAACCCUAAAUUAAAUGAUUCAGUAGUUAACAUUAUAAUUGGAAAAAUGUAUAUAAUUUCAGCAUUCGGUGAAGUCUAUAUAAGGAUGCAAAGAGUGAUUUGAGAUGUGGACUGUGAGCGAGUACAUUAUACUUUCUGAAGAAAUACAAGGCCAAGAGUAUAAAUGUGAUGGCAAUCUGUUCUAGAGGAGCUUUAAGUCACCUUGGAACGUGCUAUAUUCUCGAGGCAAUGGAGCACUUGUCAAUGUUUGUUGCAGUUGAUAUACAAGUGUUCAGCAUUGUGGCUACGCUUCCUCAAGAUGUCAGAAUGUAAAUAUAUGCUAAUGUCAUGCCAAUACCUGGGUCAGUGUUUGUCGCAAAUGGCCCAGUAGGUAUAAGCUGACUAUACCCAAGACAUUAAUGCAAUGGUUGUGUAACCUGGCCUUGGCAAACUGCAGUUUGUCUAGAUUUUCACCCUGAGCACCGGAAUCAGUUCAUUUGCAAUUUCAAUAGUGCUCUUAACUGUUUUGUUUUGUUUGCACGGAGGUGCUUGGGUCGCCGAAGAGAGCAGAACAACCCGCACGCGUUGCGGUGCAGCAGGAUUACGCCUACGAACCAUUCGUUACUUCUGAAGAUACGAAUGACACUAAGUCAGGAGUACUCACCUCUUGUUAAUGCAGGACACAGUGUGUAAUACAUUUUAUUUGAACCAGUGCACUAAAAUUAAGAAAUGGCCAACUUCACUAAAAAGCAUCCAAAAUGAGAAAAAAUAAUUAGAAAUGAAUACUUUUAUAAACAGUCACCACUACUUACAUAAAUCCAAAAUUGCUUUAGUUUUGUUUUUGAAGCGCACAGGGACAGAAUAAGGCGGAUUAGGUGUAAAAUAUUGUGAUAUGCAUAUAAUGUCAUCACCGGAGUGAGGGUGUGGUGGCAGAGUGGGUUGGAGCACGUCCUGCUCUCUGGCGGGUCUGGAUUCGAGUCCUACUGGGGGUAUCUUGUGACAGACUGGCGUCCUGUCAAGGGUGUGUCCCCUUUGCCCCGUCUUGCCAGGUUAGUCUCCGGCUCCCCGUAUGGGACAAGUGAUUUCAGAUGGUGUGUGUCACCACUAGAAAAAAAAAAAAAAAAAGAGUUGAGUACUUCUGAGUCAUACCAGGGUAAUGGUAUUGCUGAUAAAGAACUGUCAUCUUAAACAGCAUUAACAGGCAAAUUGCAACAUUUUAAAUGUAUAAUUUAAAUUCGUUUACCUGUAACUUUUGUUUUCCAUAGAUGUGGCAAAUAUUCUUGUCCAUCAUUGCGGGGCUGAAGUGCUAAAGGAUAAAGCACAAACUGCCAAAUGCUUAUGAUUUAAGGUUUGUGGAACACAGUUUUGCUUGUAGAGUUUGAAGUGAGAUCAUGUGCGAAAGAAAGAAAUAAUAGGCACAUUCUUAAUGGCUGUGGCUUCCAGUUUAUCUGUUUUAUCAAUUUACUCAAAUGCAGAACAGGUUCAUCAUAAAUGCAGCUCUUCUGUUAUGAAAUUAUGCAAAAUAGUGGCUCAAUAACUCAGAAUCAGUUCUGGCUAAAUUGUUCAAAUAAAUGGUGUAAAUGUUUAGAGUGAUUUUCUUGCUCCUCUGUAAAUAUUCAAAAAUGUUUGUACACUAAGAUUUCUUCACUUUAUACAGCUGUAAACAAAAAGGGAGUAAAUGCACCUAAAUCAGACAUAUUUCCAUGAGUUUUGGUCGUGCAUCUGACCAGACUUGAAUAAAGUUUGCAAUGAAAA